GCCAGGGAGCGGAGGAGAGUAAAUACAACAGGAGCGCAAGAUGGCGGAACCGCCGAGCCCAGUGCACGGCGCCGCCGCCGCCGCCUCCGCCUCUGUCGUUUCCGAGAAAGAACCAUUUGGCAAGCUUCAAUCUUCCUCUCGGGAUCCACCGGGUUCUCUGUCCGCAAAGAAGGUCCGGACUGAGGAGAAGAAGGCGCCGCGGAGAGUGAACGGAGAAGGGGGUAGCGGCGGGAACAGCAGGCAGCUGCAGCCGCCCGUGGCACCUUCGCCUCAGAGCUAUGGCAGCCCAGCGUCUUGGAGCUUCUCUGCUCUUUCUGCUACCCCAUCUCCGUCUUCUUCUCGGAGCUGUUUCUCUUUCUCCGCGGGUUCGGCGGUCCCCUCUUCAGCCUCCGCUUCCUUGUCUCAGCCGGUGCCGCGCAAACUGCUGGUCCCUCCUACGCUGCUGCACGCCCAGCCUCACCAUCUCCUGCUGCCGGCCGCCGCUUCCUCGGCUAACGCCAAGCCACGCAGACCUAAGGAAAAGCGGGAGAAGGAGAAGAGGAGGCACGGCCUUGGCGGGGCCGCCCGGGAGGAGAACGGGGAGGUGAAGCCGCUGCCGCGAGAUAAAAUCAAAGACAAAAUUAAAGAGAGAGACAAAGAAAAAGAGAGAGAAAAAAAGAAGCAUAAAGUAAUGAGUGAGAUCAAGAAAGAGAAUGGAGAAGUAAAGAUUUUACUGAAAAGUGGGAAGGAGAAACAAAAAACAAAUGUAGAAGACUUACAAAUUAAAAAGGUAAAGAAGAAAAAGAAAAAGAAACACAAAGAGAAUGAAAAACGGAAGCGUCCAAAAAUGUAUAGCAAAUCUAUUCAGACUAUUUGCUCAGGAUUGCUAUCUGAUGUUGAAGAUCAAGAAGCCAAAGGCAUCUUAAAUGAUAACUUAAAGGAUUACAUUGGAAAGAAUUUGGAUACCAAGAAUUAUGACUCCAAAAUUCCAGAGAACAGUGAGUUUCCGUUUGUCUCAUUAAAAGAGCCACGAGUUCAGAAUAUCCUCAAAAGAUUGGACACUUUGGAGUUCAAACAGCUCAUUCAUAUUGAGCACCAGCCUAAUGGAGGUGCAUCAGUUAUCCAUGCUUACAGCAAUGAACUCUCCCACCUGUCUCCUAUGGAGAUGGAAAGGUUUGCAGAAGAGUUUGUGGGUCUAGUGUUCAGUGAAAAUGAAAACUCUGCCGCUUUUUAUGUAAUGGGUAUUGUUCAUGGGGCAGCUACUUAUUUACCUGACUUUUUAGACUACUUUUCAUUUAAUUUUCCCAAUUCACCAGUGAAAAUGGAGAUAUUGGGAAAGAAAGAUAUAGAGACAACAACUAUGUCCAAUUUUCAUGCUCAGGUAAAAAGAACAUAUUCUCAUGGUACUUACAGAGCUGGUCCAAUGCGACAAAUAAGCUUGGUGGGAGCAGUUGAUGAAGAAGUGGGAGAUUACUUCCCUGAAUUUCUUGACAUGUUGGAAGACUCACCAUUUUUAAAAUGUACAUUGCCAUGGGGGACAUUAUCUAGUCUAAAAUUAGAGAGUCGAAAAGACAGUGAUGAUGGUCCCAUUAUGUGGGUACGUCCAGGAGAACAAAUGAUCCCUGUGGCUGAUAUGCCAAAGUCACCUUUCAAAAGGAAAAGAACUACCAAUGAAAUAAAAAACCUUCAGUACCUACCUCGAACCAGUGAGCCUCGUGAGAUGCUCUUUGAAGACAGGACAAGGGCCCAUGCAGAUCAUAUAGGACAAGGUUUUGAACGACAGACAACAGCUGCUGUUGGAGUACUGAAGGCUGUGCACUGUGGAGAGUGGCCUGAUCAACCCCGAAUAACCAAAGAUGUAAUUUGUUUUCAUGCUGAAGAUUUCUUAGAAGUAGUUCAACGAAUGCAGUUAGAUUUACAUGAACCUCCACUGUCCCAGUGCGUCCAGUGGGUUGAUGAUGCAAAACUUAAUCAACUGAGGAGAGAAGGCAUUCGCUAUGCCAGGAUUCAGCUCUAUGAUAAUGACAUUUAUUUUAUUCCAAGGAAUGUCGUUCAUCAGUUCAAGACAGUUUCAGCAGUAUGCAGUUUAGCAUGGCAUGUUCGGCUCAAAUUAUAUCACUCAGAGGAGGACACAUCUCAGAAUACAGCUGCUCAUGAAACAGCCACAUCACCAGAUUCCAUAUCAUCAGUUCUUGGACCUCACACGGACAACAUGAUUUGUGCUGUAAGCAAAACUUCCUUGGAUUCUGUUUUUUCAGAAAAACUUCAUUCUAAACAUGAAUUAUCGCAGAUCAAACAUGAACCUGUUUCAUCUGUAAGAAUCAAAGAAGAACCUGUGAAUGUUAAUAUUUCUGAAAAGACUAAUAAUAUGGAUGGCAAGAAUGUUAAAGCAAAAUUGGAUCAUGUUCGGUUUACAGAAUUUAAGAUUGACAUGGAAUCUAAAUUUGAAAAUAGCAGCAAAGAAUUAAAGGAAGAACUGUGUCCUGGAAGUCUCAUAAGUCUAGUUGAUACAAGGCAACUUAGUUCAGCACACUCAAAUCAAGAUAGAAAAGAUGAUGACAUUUUGUGCUAAAUUUGUAUAUAGCAUUUAAUUUUUUUAAAAAAAAUAAUAAUGUAAUAAAUAUUCAUGAAUUCUGAAAGCAAGCCAAGGACUUGCUCUCAAGUCUGUUACAAAAUAUAGUUUAUGUAGCUUUGUAACAUUCCUCAGUGCCUGUCCAUAACUGUGAAGUAUAAAGCACGUAGGGCCAGAUGCACUGUAAACAUUGCAGGUUUAAACAUAAAGGAGUCUAUAAAAAAAUCCAUUUGAGUUGGAGUUGUAGAUUUUAGAAUGGAGCUGACAUUAAAAUAAAUAAAUAUGUAGAUAUGUAUAUAAACAUACAUACAUAUCUAUAUAUUUAUUUAUUUAUUUAGUAAUAUGAGCCAGAAUUCUUUUGACAAUUUAAAGCUUUUCCAUGCAGCUUAUUUAUACCAACCCCCCCCCCCCCCCAUUUUGGGUGUGUCAGCACUGUAGUGUAAUUAGCUUUUUAAAAAUCUUUUUAGUGUGAUUUAUACUGAAAUGUGAGCCAAUUAAUAAAGGUUCAUAAUAAUAAAUGUUUUCUGUUGGGUCUGCGAAGACAAACUGAUAAUUCAGUUAAGUCAUUUGUUUAUAUAUUAUGUUUCUCUCUGCUGAUAUAACUAUUUAGAAUGGUAAAGGAGUACAAAUAUAUGUAUUCAAAUCUAGUAAAUAUUUAAACUCCCCACACUGUGCAAACAUUUCAAAAAACCAAGAUUCAGUUAUAAAAUCCUAUAUAUGUAUAUGUUAUAUAUGGGAAUGUAUAUAUGUAUAUCAUAUUUUGCACAAUUUCUUAAGUUGCUGAAUAAGAUGAAUAUGUGAAACUUAUCCCUAUUUCCUGGAAUACAUUUUAAAAUAUUUAUAUUCAACAUUAAGAAAGCAGUUUUAAGUUAUAGAAACAAUUUAGAAAGUUAGGAGAAACAAUAUGUUAAUGAUGUCUAAUCCUUCUAACUAAUGAGAUAUGUGGCCAGAAUAUUUAGCCCUAACAUAAAUUUUCUUUGUGUACAGAAUAAGAAGUUUAGAAAAUUUUCUUAUUAGUAAGCACUUGUGCUAUAAUACUAAUGGUAACUAAGUAAAAAAUUUUUUACAGAAUAUUUAGUUGUGAAUAAUUAAAGUCCUUUUUUGCAUUUUUCUUGCAGAAUGGGAGAAAAAUAUGGCAAAAACAAAAAUCGUAAAAUAAGGGCAAUGACAAUGACUCAACUGCCAUAAAUAGAGAUCCAAUAACAAAAUACUGUGUUACCUCAUCUUUCUCAGGAUCCCCUCCCUACCCUAGCAAGGCAAACAACCUGGUAUACUUCCUUUUCUGAAGAAGAUCUAGAAAGUAAAUUGUGGUAGGAAACAGGAUUGCCAGUGCCUAACUAAAGAUGAGUAAGACAAGUAUCUUUCAAGAUGGACUUUAGCACUAUUUCAGACUGCUUCCACUUUUGUAAUUAAAAGUCAAACAGAAGUCUUUCAUGUGUUCAUUGUGUAAGGAACUCUGCUCAUUGCAUAUCUCAUGUUAUUCUGGGCCCAUUCUUUAUUGAUGACUUUCAGUUAGGAUUCUUUGUGCUGCCUUUUGGGAGAUGUUGCUAUUUUUACUUCAGUGGUAUCUGUCCUGGCCUCAUUUGUGGUACCCAUCAAAACUUCUCAUAUAUCUAGUUAAGGAGAAGCCAUAUAGAAAAAGGUAUUUCACUAGAACAAAUAAAGAUUAACUGCAACAAUGAUAUUAGUUCUGGCCUCCGGUUUAAUAAAAAGGUGGGCAAUAUCACAGGCAAUCUUGAUGACUUAUAGGAAAUCAGUGUUUGCAACAUGGGAAGUUUCAUGGGAUAGGGAUGGUAUAAAUCAUGAUAAUGUAAAUAGAGGUGUCUGUUUUAUAUGUCACUGUCUCAUCUUCUCUACCUAUUUAAUCUGUUUUAAGCAAAAUUUAGGGAUUUGCACCUACCUUUUUGGGAGACAAAAGUUCUUAACAAACUAGUAUUGAAAAAUAAGAAGGGAUAUGGUUAAACUUUGUUUUUUAAUUGAAGGGUGAUUUAUUUAACUAUGUUUUAUUUCCAGUUUUCUAGUAGCAUAUACCUAGAUAUACUGAGGUCAUACUGUAAGAAAAUAUCAUUGGGGUAUCUUCCCCAAAUAAAUGAGUCUUAAACUUUUAGAGGAAGACAUCCAAAAUAACUACAGUUAUUGGUUUAUAUAUAUAGUUUCUUAAUGCAGCAUACAAACUCACCCAUAAUUUGAAAAUUGAGUUGCUAAUGCUUUUAUCUUUGUGGAAGUGAAGAAUAUGUAAAUCAGUGGGUUCAAGAUAUCAAAUGAUACAGCCAUGUUAUCACCUUGAAUAAUGCUUAUGUACCAUGUCUUAUGAGUUAUAAUUUCAAUAUCCUUUUCAGAUGCAGUCUGGGAACUUUUUGACCACCUUUGUUCCAUACAAAUUUCUGUUUUAAUGUUGCAUUAUAUUAAUGGCUUUCUAGUUAGUACAUUCCAGGUCUUUUUGUGAAUAUAAGAGUUUUGCUUUUAUUUCCAACUUCUUGGACCAGAACAAUAAAGCUCUUAAGAUAUAGUUUCUAAAUGGUCAUAUGCUAUAUAGAAUAAAUAAUUGUGUAAAUUAUCAAAUGGAUACAUAAAGAUUAGGUUGAUUUAGCUCAACACUUGCGAGCGUGCGUGCGUGCGUGUAUGUGUGUGUUUCUCUGUUGGAAAUGUUUGUUUCCAUGAAGAGGGGCUGUCAUUGAGGUUAGGAAGGAUUUGUUUCUUAGGUUAAGUCUUAAGGUAUUUCAUUAGUGUUUCUAAGUGUAAAAUUGUCCCCCCCCCCCCAAAUACUUAGGGCAGAUGAGAUUUUGUAAGUUAUAAAUUAGCACUGUUUUGGUAAAUCUGCCUUCAGUCAUAUCUCAAAAUUCAUUUUACAUUUAGCAGCCAGGCGUGGUGGUGCAUGCCUAUAAUCCCAGUGGCUCAGGAGGCUGAGGUAGGAGGAUCAUGUGUUCAAAGCCAGCCUCAGCAACUCAGCAGGGCCCCAAGUAACUCAGUGAGACCCUGUCUCUAAAAUACAAAAAAGGGCUGGGGAUGUGACUCAGUGGUUAAAAAUCCCCUGUAACUAACAAACAAACAUACAAACAUUUUACAUUUAGCAAAGGUGCAAAAUUUGUUUUUGGAGUUUGAGAGGAAUUUUUCUUGUCUUCCACCUUUAAAUAAAUAUUUGAUAACCAUCAUCUUUUUACUUUUCUUUGUAAUUAUUAUAUUUUACAUUUUAUUCUAUUUUAAUAUCUCAAGAAGUUCUCAUUUUUCUGUCUUCAACAGACCAUAAAAUCUUGAAAGUGAUUUCAAUCUCAGAAUCCUUUCCCCUCCUUUAAUGGUCAAAAAUUGACUUAUGCCAAUAGGAAAAAGAAAGUUAAAGAUCAAGGUCUUUAGUUAGGUAUAAAUGGUUGGAAUGCCAUGGUAAAUACCCCUGCAGAGGGGCUAUUUCUGUCUCAGGAAGGAAGGACAAAAGUGCCAUUCUUUUAAAAAUACAUUUAGGCUGCUAAAAAAUGAUGUGAUCAAUUUUAGAUCUUUGGAGUAGUAAAAUAGUUUGUAUUUUCUCCCACCUGAAUUGCAACUGCUUUGAUAUGUAAACAGAAUUUUACUGGUUUUAGAAUGCAUUGCUUAUUUCAUGAAAAAGUCAUGUAAGUUAAGAGACUUACGUAUUUUCUCUACUGAGAGAACAAGGGAAGUAAGGAAAAGCAUCUUGCUUAUCAAGUUAUUUUCCCUGUUUCAGCUCUUCCUGGACUUCAUACUCAAUCAAGGAAUGUGAAUGUGCUAAGAACAUAAUAUGGGCAAAUAGAAUUUAUGUUAAUUAAAAUUAAAAGUAAAACAUAUUACUAAUGUUUCUUUACUGUGAUCUGCCUACCAAAAUUGAGGUGUUAAAAUAUUAAACUCUGGAUCCCUCUAUACAUUUUGAAACUUAGGAUUUAUGCAUCUAUGUUUUAAAAAUGUUAAAUCUACAGUCUAUAGUUCACUAGUAUUGUAUUAAUACUGUUAAGUGUGCAGACUCAGAAGCAAAUCACAAAUACUUUGUGUAAUACAGUGUUGAAAAUUUAUUUGGACCAACAGUUUUAUCCCCAUGCCUUACAAAGGUCUUUUCUCUUGAAAUUUUUAUUUAACCAUAUUUUUACAUGAAACAUCUCAAGUCUCUGGUGCUGAAACAACAGCAACUUUUGUUUGAGUCUGGCUUUCUUAAUGCUCAUUUCCUAAGUUCUUAGAAAUCUCUGCUUUUACUUCCCCAUAUUCCCAUUCAUUCUUCAUCUCACUGCAAUUUCAUUUGAGUCCUCACAUUAAUCACUCAGCUGAAAUGGUUUUUUUUCAAAGGUAAUUUAAGGCUGCCAAAUUCACUGGUAGCACUUCUUAGCACUUCUGUUUAACCUUUGCAGCAUUUGUCAUCAGUCAUUUAUUCCUUAAAACUCUUUAUGAUACAUUCCUCCCUCCCCCCAGGUUCUAUCCCUGAAGUUAUCUUCAAGAUACCCAUGACUUUCAGUUAGCUCGGUUUGUCACUUAAGUUUUAAUGAUCCAUGAUCAAAUAUAAAUUCUUGUCUUCUAUCUUGCCAAGUAUUAGCUAGUGCUUUUCUAAUUUGGUUGUUGGCAUCACUUUCUCUCUACAUAAGUCAUCUCAUAGUAAUCUGAGUUUUCUUUUUCCCCUAUGUCAAAUUUAUCAUGAGAUUUUGAAUUUGAAUUUGUUUCAAAUUCAUCUCCUAUUGUUAACAUUACAGUCAUAGUGGAUGCUCAUUUCACUUGGACUACUACAAAAGCUUAAAAUGUUCUAGGUUACCUGUCAUCAUCUGCUUUUCCUUUCAUAAAUCUUUCUAAGGUAUGUAUGUUACUUUUCUAUUUCCAUGAUGGCUUCUUUCUUAUAAAGGGCAAAUGCAUAGUAUAGUACUGAUAUAAUAUAAUCCUUCCUUUCUAGUCUCAUGUACCACAGUGUCUUAUAUUUGAUGUGCCCAGUUUUCAGCUUUACCAGAUUGACAGUAUAGUCAUCCCACAGUAUCUAUGAGGGAUAGUUCUGGUACUUCCAUUGGAUACUAAAACUUCUGGAUGCUUUCUUCUAUAAAGGUCAUAUUAUUUAUAUAUAAGGUAUAUACAUUUUCCUGUGUAAAUAGUUGUCACACUGUAUUGUUUAGGGAAUAAUGAUAAUAAGGAUGUACAUUUUCAGUACUUUUCCAAAUAUUUUCAGUCUGCAGUGGGUUCAGUCUGUGGAUGAGGAACCUGUGAUAUGGAGGGCUGACUCUACUUGCCGUUUCCUCCAUGUACUUUAAAAAUCUUUUGCCUUUGCUGGGGAAACGUCAGGAAAACAACAUAGUGAUUUUUUUUUUUUUUUAAAUCCCACUUAAACAUCGUCUGUAUAUUGUUUUUAUUGCUUUUAUCCCAACUGUUAACUCACAGUAGCUGAUAGAGAACCAAUUCUCUUGGCUUUUUGAUCCCCUUUGCACACACCAUUUAACAUGCAUACUGGAUACAAGUUGGACUUUGGCUAAAUCAUGAGCUAGACAUCAGGAAUUUUCUUUAUUUUUAUCUCUAAUAUCUGAUAUAUAUUAUACUUGAUAUUCUGUAAUGAUUUGAAGGAACAAAAGAACGUUAGAGAGUAUACAUUAUGUAGGUUUCUAGAAUUUCAAGUCAGUCCCUAACUUUAUAAUGUAAUUCUAGAAUUUUAAAGGAACACAAAAAUUAGAUAAGCAGGCUCUAGAAAGAAACCAAAUGUUUACUUUGUACCUCAGUCUUAUGGAAAAAUUUGAGAAGUUAGCUAUUAUAUGUUCAAGCUCAGUGGGCAGUUUGAAGAGAGGAGAUAUGUGUAGGAGAAUUAAACAUUGUGAAACUUAUCCUCAAAUUUUCCCUUCAACUAGCUUUUCUGGAGAUCUAUUGAAAGUUAUCACACAUUAAAAAUAAAUUUUAACGAUGCCUAAAAUGAUUAAAAUGGCAAAUGUCAUAUAAGUAGUACUUCACUAUCUCAUAGCCUGAGGCAGAUUAUAAGUCUUAAUUGGUAAAAUAAAAUCUGUUUAUCAAAGGCAUUCUGUUUAAGCUGUGUGGUUCUCCUUACUGCUAUUAUAAAAAAAAAAAAUUAAAAAAUUGGAUAAGCAUAAAGGUAACCUACACUACAUUAUUUAGCCUGUAUCUAUUGUUGUAGGAAUGGGACAAGGACAUAAAAGUGGCACAUUUUCAUAGAAAAUCCUGUAAAGCCACUUCAUUGGGUUUCUAGGCUGAACUCAUUUGUAGCAUUAUAGGUGUGGUUCAAUACAUGUUUAUUAGAAAGGAAUAAUGCACUUGUAUAACCUUGAGAAAAUUACUUCACUUAGUCUGUGUUCCUCAUCUCUAAAUGGGAAUAUAAUACCUUUUCUAUUAACUAGCGAUGAAAAUUAAAUGACAAAACAUGCUAAAUAACAAACAAAUGUGCCCAAAACAGCACAUUGCGUGACUGAUUAUAGACACUCUAUUAUAUAAUGUUAACUUCUUCUUGUAUUGAAAAUAGCUCAAAGAAUAGAAGAACCAUGUGCAAGGCUACCCUAAUCCUUUCACACUUUUCAAAUUCUGUCUCCCUCUAAUUUUGAGCAGAGGAUAGGCAUAUGGGAAGAAAAAAAUUGCAUGAGUGGGUCAAAACAAGGUAUGUUGGAGGCAGGUUGACAUUAAAAAAUAACUUACUGGUCACUAUUUUGCUCAGGGCUGGCAAUUCAAAAUCAUGUCAUAGGUCUGGGGAUAUAACUUAGUUGGUUGCUUGCCUCACAUGUAUAAGGCCCUGGGUUCAAUCCCCAGCACCACAGAAACAAAACAAAACAAAAUCAUGUCACAGAUUACCUAUCCUGAUAAUAGGUGAAACACAAGUUUAUGAUUGUAGUAUAUAGAUGAUAGUGGUAGUAAACUGCUUUAUGGUAUAGUAUAGUAUGAUUGACUAAGUGAAAUGAGUAAAACAUUAAAACAUGAGGAAGUUCCCUCAUAAAACUCUUAACCCUGUAUUAUCUUUACCUAGUAUUUGAUAAUGAACAUCUUCUCUUGUUUUCUUCCUUCAAUAAAACACCUAUUUGUAGAAACAGACUUGGAGUUAAAACUCUUUCCUUGGCUUUAUGUCUACAUUAUUAUAAUGAGUAGGUGUUUCCCAACCAACCCCCUAGUUAUAACACAGUGUAACUUCUAUGCAUCUUAAAUAUUUAAGUCAUGAAGUAUAAGGACACCAAUGAUAAUUCAUGCUCAGGUGAUAUUUUCUCUGCAAACACGAUCAGUCAACAUUAAAAGAAACUGACAUUUUUGACUUGCUUCUUAACAGAUUGAUAAAAAGUAAUUUUUCUUUCAAUAAAGAGAAACAGCUGCUUUUCUUGAUGACUCAGGUGCUUAGUGAUAUGCCUGCCUGCCCUAGUAUGAAAUGUAAGGUUUCCUCUACUUUGGCUAUCACUUAUGUUCGUUCAUUAGUCAACAUCAAUCAGUUCCUUGUAUUGCUGCACUGUGAAAAAGCAAAGUGGAAAACAGAUCAAAUUUGUAAGCUUAAUAAUUUUUGCUGUAACCCAAGGAUAGAUCUCUACUUCUUAAAGCUUUGUACAAGUGUGUUUCUUGAUGCCUGAAAAUUCUCCAUUGAUGGAUUUCAGUUCAUGUUUCAUACAGCUGGCUGAGCCUGCCAUAUUGGGCCUUAUGUUCAUGAUAUGUUACUGAAUAAGUUGUGGAUCCUUUGAACAUCUCUUUUUUCAUAUUUUCAAGUCUUCUAAAAAGUUAUUUUGUUCAUAAGUUACUUUUACUCAGAAAUUAUAACAAGUCUUUUGCCCAAACCAGAGAAGUUGUAUGUCCAUAAUUUACAUAUCCUUGCUAACCUGGAAAAUAAUGACCUCAGCAAGAGCCUUUAAGUUCUUUCAAGCAGAAUGUAUUUAUCUUAGAGAUGCCAUUAGCAAAUACCUGUAUCAUAAAGGAAGUAUCCUCUGAAAGAAACCUAAAAAGGCAUUUUUCUCUGCAAUAUUGUUUAUUAUCUCAUUUGUCACCUGUAUGCAUAAUUUCUAUCUUUAGUAUCUUUCAUUAAUGUUUAAAUGUAUUGUUACUUAGGCACACACCAAUGAGAACUUAUUGUGCUUCUUCAAGUCAUUUAGUGUGGCAGUAUACCAAAUUAAAUUAGAGAAGGGUUCUAUUUUCUGGGAGCCCUUCAGAUGCCAUUAAAAUUGAUUGAUCCUCA